GCUUGUAUUUAUACCAGCGAACCGCCAUCGUCACAAGUUCGGAUCGAAGCGAGUUAGUUGGCUGAGGUGUGUCAGUUACCAACAGAUUUCUGUGUAACUUCUGUUUGAUAGGACACCAGUGUGAACUCUCAAGAUGGGGAAAGACUAUUACAAAAUACUUAACGUCGCUAAAGGAGCGAGCGAUGAAGACAUCAAAAAGGGUUAUCGUAAAAUGGCCCUGAAAUAUCACCCGGACAAGAAUAAGUCGCCCGGAGCUGAAGAAAAGUUCAAGGAGAUCGCCGAGGCAUACGAAGUGCUUAGUGACCCCAAGAAGAAAGAAAUAUACGACAAAUAUGGCGAAGAAGGGCUGAAGGGUGGUAUGCACAGCGGUGGGACAAGCGCAGGCCAGGGAGGCACCUACCACUAUUCCUUCCAUGGCAACCCACACGAAACAUUCCGGAUGUUUUUCGGAGAUGAAAAUCCAUUUGGGAGUUUCUUCAGUUCGGGUUUUGGAGGAAGCAGUAUGAGACCGCCAGGCUUUGGUCAUCAUUUCGGUCCUGGGGGACCAGACGACAUGGACGUUGACGAGGACCCGUUUGGUCGCCAGUUUUCAUCUUUUGGGGGGCCCGGUGGACAUUUUCAACAGUUCAGUUCAACGGGCAUGCCAAAACAACGGCGACAGGACGCUGCCAUUGUCAAAGAUCUACAGGUGUCACUUGAAGAUAUAUACAAGGGAGCAACAAAGCGUAUGAAAAUCACACGGAAAGUUCUCAACCCAGACGGACAGACCACAAGAAUGGAGGAAAAAAUUCUCACUGUGGAUAUUAAACCUGGUUGGAAAGCAGGAACAAAAAUUACCUUCCCAAAAGAGGGGGAUCAGAAACCUCAUAAUAUACCUGCCGACAUUGUAUUUGUGCUGAAAGACAAACACCAUCCUCAGUUUCUUAGGGAAGGAAGUGACAUUAGAUACAAAGCCAAAGUUCUGCUGCGGGAUGCACUUUGUGGUACUACAAUUCACGUGCCAACUGUUGAUGGCAGGAAAAUACCUCUGAACAUUUCUGAUGUGAUAAAACCAGGUAGUAUUAAAAGAAUUCAGGGAGAAGGACUACCUUACCCCAAACAAGCAGGGAAAAGGGGAGACCUCAUUAUAGAGUUCUCUGUGGCCUUCCCAGAUAAACUAUCACAAGCUGUUAAGGACAAUUUGAAGCAGAUGCUACCACGUACCUAAGUGUGGAGUCAGUGCAUUCAGAGAGUGGACAGGUGUUUGUUGCUGAAUGCCCCCAUUCUUACUGAGAGAAGAGCGUACAUUGGCGCUUUUGUGGGUUGUAUCAUGUAGUCUGCUAUUUUUAUCUCACAAGUCUGACAAGUGACUCAUCUGCACCAGAUAAGCAUCAUGGUCUCCUCAGUGGAGGAAAUUGCUGCCUAACAGGUCUAACAGUGCUUCAUCUCCUCAUCAAAUGAGACUGAGUUAAUCACUGUAACAUUUUGUUGAUGUGGAAAAAUCUUGACCGAUUGUGUUUGUUACUUGCAUGAGAAGUUGCAGGAAAGUUAGGUGGGAAAUGGUUUUUGUUUCAUUAUAAAUCUCUUCUGUUAAAGUUAUUUUAUUUUAGAUAAUCUAAGAAUUCUUUCAGUUUAUCUGUUUUAAAUGUCACGGUUUUAACAUGCUUACAGGGAAAUUGGCAGCAUUAACAUGAUUAACAUUUGCUCUUUCGUGGAGCAUAGUAUUCUUUGGUCAUAUAAAUAAUGAUGAUUUUGAUAUCUCGAUCAUGUUGAGUGUUAAAUAAGAUUGUCAGAGAAAAUUGUUUGACUAUAGUUUUCACACAGUAAUACAAGUUUAGUAAUACAGUUUUGUGAUUAUUCUAGGCCUUAAUUAGUAAACCUUAUAUGGGUCCACUGAGUGUUGCAAACAAUGCAUUAACUGUUAUUAUGGUUACAUGAGUUUAUCAGAAGAUUUUUGUAGGUGCUUGAACAUGUUAACCUGUAAAUAAUAUGAAGUCUGCAUAAUGUGUAUGUGACUUUACUGUAUUUUGUUGUAUUUAUUACCACGGUUGGGAAAAACUUCAUCAUGUUCAUUGAACAUAUCAACCUGUAAUUUAGUGUAAAUAUCCAUGUACAUUUAUUGUAUGCAGUAUGUACCAUAUAUCUGUACAGGUAUGUUAGCUUGUGUACAAAUUGUUCAUAAUUGGAUUUCUCUUGGCAUAUUGUUGAAGAGAAAAAAUAAACAUCAUGAAAUUGUU